AUGUUUAAUUUUGGUAACACUCAGCCAAGCACUGGAGGAUUUGGCUCUACAACAGGAGGAUUUGGUGCUGGCGGAUUUGGUGGCUCUCAACCUUCAACUAACACCACCGGAAACACGUUCUCAUUUGGCCAAAGCGGUGGGGGUGGAUUUGGUGGCUCGCAACCAACUAACACAUUCGGAUCAAACACUACUGGAGGAGGACAACCAGCCACUGGUUUUGGAUUUGGGACAGGCAAUACCUUUGGCACACAAUUUAAGCCCACAACAACAACAUUUGGAUCUUCUACAACCAACACAGGAUUUAACUUGAUGGGAAGCCAAAAUGCUCAACCAAACACUUCAACUAAUACUUUUGGAGCAACUGGUUCAACACCAUUCGGAACAUCUUCAAAUAUGUUUGGAUCUAGCGGAGCAACUACAACUGGUACUACAUCAUCAACAGGAUUUGGUUUUGGAGGUACACAACCAACAACCUCUGGCUUUCCAAGCACUUUUGGCUCCUCUACAGGUACAGGAUUUGGUGCAACAACAGGAGGAACAACAACAACAACAGGCAGUGGAUUUACUUUUGGGCAACCAGGCAAUACAACCGCAGGAGGGUCUAUAUUCCCUACAACUUCAACCAAUACUGGUGGUAUGGGCUCUAUGGGAUUUGGAGGAAUGAGCGGUGGUGGAAUGGGACAAGGACAAACAAAUACUUCAAUUUUUCCAGCAUUUAAGCCUGUAGAAGAAAAUGGAACAAGCGGAAAAAUGGUUUACUAUUCUCUUACUAAAAUGGAGCCCUACAAAGAUAAAUCAUUUGAGGAAUGGAGGUGGUACUACACAUUGGCGUCACAAGGAAAGUUGACAAGCAGUCCUUUUUCCCAACCUACCACUACCACCACUGGAAUGUCCACAGGAUUUGGUCAACCAACAACCGGUACAAGUUCUUCAUUUUCUUUUGGAAACACUGCUUCUCAACCUACGUCAGCUUUUUCUGCAAACACAGGAUUUAAUAGACCCGCAACUACAGGUUUUGGUUUUGGAACCUCGAACACGGGUCAAACAGGCACAACAUUUGGUACCACAGGAACAGGAUUUGGUACAACCGGAGGAACUACUAACACUUUUGGUACCACAGGAACCACUAAUUUUGGAUUUAACAAGCCUGCCACAACUGGUACUACAGGAGGUUUUAACUUUGGAUCAGGUACUGGAGGAACUACAAGCACAGGAUUUGGUACAGCAACUCAACCAAGUACAGGAUUUGGCACAUCGACAACUGGUACUACAGGAGGCUUUAAUUUCGGCGGGGGAGCAAGUACUGGAACAACAGGUUUUGGUACCUCAAAUACUGGAACAACAGGAGGAUUUAAUUUUGGUGCAACGAGUACUACUGCACCUGCCUCAACUGGAUUUAACUUUGGAGGAGCACCUGGUGGUACUGCUACAGCCGGUACUGGUUCAACAGGAUUCAAUUUUGGAGCUCAACCUUCGCAACCUGCAGGCACUACCAGUGGUUUUAACUUUGGAACAGGAACCACAAGCGGGUUUGGAGGAUCUACACUUGGAGGUGCUCCUUCAACAGGAGGUUUUAAUUUUGGAGCAGGCACCACUGCAGGAGGUACAGGUUUUAAUUUUGGAGCAGGCACCACUGCACCCACGUCUGCUGGAUUUAACUUCUCUCAACCAGGAGGCAGCUUUGGAGCUACCAUGACUGGAGGCGCAAACUUUGGACCAGCUAUCAAUGUUGAGGUUCCAACUGUUUUGAGCGAUCCUUAUGGUCCCAAUUCUCUAUAUCAAUUCCUCAAGGAAUCUGGUGCCUCUGAAUUAAAAGAAUUCGAGGAAGAAACAAGCGUGAUAUCUAAAUCUGUUCAAAAAACAUCAGCUCAAAUUAGACCAAGAACAUUCAAGAAAAGUGGUAUCAACACUAUGGCAGAUAGACUGGCUCUGAUAUCUACCGAAGGCGAACCCAACAAACCAUUUGAAGAUUUACUGGAUAGCUCAUCUUUUACAUCAAAGGAAAAUGUUAAAAGUCUAACAAUCUCUCCAAAGGUAUUUGAAGGUAAGAGAGUCCAGAACCAGCCAGAACAAAGAGUUUCAAAGGCUCCUUCUGAAAUACAACAAGAUACACAAAACCUUGCUAACGCAAAUAUUGUAAAACCAAAACCACAAAAAGGAAAAGUGAUAUCCAUUGAUAUUGAGCCAGUACAAACAAAUGAAAUUGAAAAACCGCAUUAUCUUCCAACAUUAACCAAAGAAGGGUUCUAUACUGUUCCAUCAAUGGAAGAUAUGAAGAAAAUGACUCUGACUGAGCUUCAAGGAAUCAGAGAUUUUGUAGUUGGAAGAAAAGGCUAUGGCGAGCUCAAAUUCUUGGGAUUUACUGAUGUCACCAAAAAUUUGGACUUGGACAAAAUUAUUUUUGAAAUUGAGAAAAAUCAUGUAGAUGUUUACAGUGAGCAUGUAUAUACCGAAGGUGAAAAACCACCAGUUGGAACCGAACUAAAUAAGCCCACUAUUAUUACACUUUUUGAUGUACAUCCAAAGAAUAAUGAUUACAAGUCAUUUGAAAGAAGACUACGAAAAGUUUGUGAAAAUAAUGGUAGCAAGUUUCUCUCUUAUAGCAGCGGCCAAUGGACUUUCUCUGUAGAACAUUUCACAAAAUAUGGACUAGGUGAGGAAGAGGAAAUCGAAGAAAUUGAAGAGGAGCAGGAGAAUAAUGAUACCAAACAAGAUUUGGUAAGAAUAUCUAAAAUUGUUGCAGAGGAAGAUGAGGAAGUUGAAGAUGAUAAUUACACCGAUUUUUUACGAAACGACGAAAUGAUUGACAUUACCACCCAUAAAAAUUUUCUGCCAAGGCAGUUAAAUCUAGAUCCUCGUAGAAUGUACCUUAUGCAAUCAAAUCUUAUGGAUGAAAAUGAAGACACUGACAUUUACACUAUUGAAAACACUAGGAAGUCCAAAAAAACAAGAUUUGUUGGUACUUCAACCCAAGAACCAUUUCAAAGCUUAACAUUUUCAACAGAAAUUCCAUCCAUUCAGCCAACGAGGCAAAAAAAGUCUGUUAUCCCGGUUCCAAGUAACAUAAAGGGAGAUAAGGAAUCGGAGUCUGAUCCAGAAGACAUGCUAUCUGCUUUGAGAAGAUCGUUCAGAGUCGGAUUUCUGCCUAAUGGUCAAUUUAUUGUCCCUCACUCAGUUUUUAAUCCUAAAUCUAAUGUAUCCAAUUUAUCUAUUUCAAAUACUAUCGUAAAAGAAGAUUACAAUGUGGCUGAAAAUCAAAGAGAAGAAUUCUAUCGUUUAAAGUAUGAAACGUAUCUAGAUCUUGUCAUUGAGAAUUGCUAUAGAGAGGAUAUUUCUAUUCGGCUUAAAGGAGAAUACUCCACAGUUAUGGAAAAUUAUAUACGUAGAAUUGAAGCUAUGGUAAAUCAUAUCGACUCUUUAAAUAUUUCCCCACAAGUGAAGGACAUUACUCGUUCUAGAGGGUCGUUUGAGUUAAGUGUUUGGAGAUUGAUCCAUAUUCUGUUCAGUCAAAUUAACAUGGGUGAUAAUAAUGAAUAUGCAGAUGAUAUUGCUAGAAAACGAAAUUUAAGCGCCUGGAUACGUGAUCAAAUGCCUAUAGAAGACAUUAUUAGAAACGAAAAUCCCUCUCCUCUAAGAAAAAUAUAUUUAUAUUUGACCUGUGGCAGAAUUCCAGAGGCUGCUAAGGUGGCUUUAGAAAAUAAGGAUUUGAGACUUUCUGCAAUUAUUUCACAGUGUUUCUCCAAUCCUAUGAUUCAAAAAGAUAUUGAAAAGCAAAUUACCUUAUGGAACCAAACAAAAGCUAAUAUUGAUGUUGAAAGAAAGAAGAUUUAUGAGCUGUUAGCCGGUCAUGUUACGGACACUUCACUUCAGUGGCUUCAAUGCUUAGGUUUGCACUUGUGGUUUAAAUGCUCUCCUGAUCAAAGCAUUUGUGACGUGUUACAAAGCUAUACCUCCUAUUUCGAAACAGCAAGAUCCACAAGGCCGUUGCUAUUAACCAAGUACCAUUCCUCUUCCAUUCAUCACGACGUUAGAUUUAAUUUAAUCAAGAUAUAUUGUGAAUCUAAGAGACAAGUACCUCUUGAGAUUAGCAAAUAUUUAAAGCCCUAUACAUAUUGCAAUGACAUCAUGGAUUGUCAACUCUCAUGGCACAUGUACAAUAUUCUACGAUGGGUUCCAUUAAUUGGUCAAUCUAGCAACAUGGCGCACAAAAUUCACACGAACUACGCUCUACAAUUAGAGAAAGCUGGUUACUGGCAUCAUGCUAUUGUCAUCCUUUGUCACAAUGAGACCACUAGUGCAUUAUCAACAGAUUUGCUAUCAUCCCAAAGUUUAGAUAGAGAAAACAAUACAGUCUCUAGAAUCAAAAAGAAUAAGCUACUUCAUUCAAGAGAUAGAGCUGUUAGAGAACUAUUGUUCAGAAAUUAUCCAUCCCUUCUCGAUCGUCCAAACAAUAUUGACUUUAUGAAACUUACACUUGGAUUACCUGAAAUUUGGAUUGAGGAAGCAGCUGCGUUAUUCGCAGAAUAUGGAAAUUCAUAUCCUCUAUUAUUUGAAAAGCUUUGUAGAUCAAAUCAUUUUGCUAAAGCUCACAAGAUUCUCUUAGACCAUAUUUUCCCUUCCUUGAUUCUUUGCAACAGAUAUGACGAGCUGUUGUUGUAUUUGGGAAAGCUACAGCCCAAAGUGCAAGAAAUUCCAACAUGGGGCCAAGGAGGCAGUAUUCUACUUAAUUAUGUGAGCAUUAGAAAAAGAUUUGAGGAAUUAGAAAAACAUGUACAUGGGAACACUUCUCUUUUUAGUGUUGUAGACAACUAUGAUCAUAUUUCAACACUCGAUUCUGAUGCUGUCAACUUCUUGGAACAAGUAGCAAUAUUAAGCUCACAAUAUUCAGAACAACUGGAGCACCGUGUAGCGAUUUCUGACAUGACUGUAUGCAUUACCAACUUUAUUGUAAAGACGAAAUCGUUUAUGGCCGUCUUUGAAACAGAUGAAAAAUUAAGAGAAGCUCGCACCAUUACUAUUGAACAUCCAAACCAACAAAGGUUUGAAUGUUUGGAGGCUGUUCAUAGUAUCAAUACUGAUAUCUACCUUCCCAACAGGAUUGACCUUCUCCAGACUAUUGCUCUAUCCAACACAUUUCCAUUUGAUUAA